CGAGAAAAUAAGAGUUUCGUUCCGUUCGUUCCCGUUCCCGGAUUCUGGCCGAGGUCGACAUUUUCGCUUCAGUAAUUCCUUUUCCCGAUUUGCGUGGAAAUCAAGCAACAACCGUCAGUGUCGGUCGUUGGUGGUGAAAUUAAAAGUUGAGUGUUUGUCCUCCAAAGUGAAAAUGUCUUCUUCGUCCCAUCAUCCAUCGCCGUUCAGCCAUCUGAACAACAACAACAUCGGCGGCAGCGGAUCCACGCAGAACAGUAUCGCUCCGCCGCAUCACAACAAUCUGCAGCAGCACCAUCCGGAUUACGACGAGUUCGAGGAUGUAGACAACGAACAGACCCAGCAGCAGCAGGAACUGCUGUUCGACGACGGACCGGUUGCCGAGGAUGAGAACAUGGACGACAGUGGGGAAGAUACGGAGGAGGCAAGCGAGACAGAGUUGGGCUCCAGCAGCAACCAUCGGAACAUUGACGAACCCAUCGAGAUCAAAGAGCAAAUGUACCAGGACAAGUUGGCGUCGCUGAAGAAGCAGCUGGAGGAGCUGCGUGCCGGAACGCAUCCGGAGUAUGUCCGGCGGGUGAAGAAACUGGAGCAUCAGUACAACGAGCGGAUCCGCUUGAACGAAAUCUACCGGGAGUACCUGAUCAGUUGCGUUGAACGUGACUACAUCCUGGAGAAGAAUGCCGCCGUCAAGGAGUACGAGGAGAAGAAAAACGAUUUGCAGGAGAAUCUGGUAACGGACUUUGAGGACCGUCGCAAGAUGAUCGAAAGCGAACGGGCUACGAUGGAACUGACUGGGGAUUCGAUUGAUGUGAAACCGACUGUGACUAGAAAGCUGAGACGACGACCGAACGAACCACUUCCGGUUCCGGAAAAACGUCGCAAGCCGACGACCGGACAGCUGAUCCUUCUGCUGGACGAGAAAGAAGUCGAGAACGAUCUCAAACUGAUCAGCCGUGGGAAACCGGUUCACGCCAUACGAACACACACAAACAGCACCUCCAAUGCUGGCAACGGUAGUUCCAGUCAGAAUGCCAACAGCACAUCACUGGCCACUGGCAUGGUCAGCCCAGUAGCCAACAGCUACCAAAUAAACAACAGUAGCACGGUCACCACAACCGGAGCAGCAUCUUCCAGCACCACCAACGAGAUCAGUAUUUCCACCCUUCCAUCAUCGACAUUGAAUUCCCUGCAUCCGAUUCCUUCUCAGCUGGCAACGAUCGCUCCUUCUCCAACUCCAACUCACAGUCAGAACCUCAACCAAAACAAUCAUCAACCCCAACCGCAGCAGCAAGCUCCUCCGCCAUCCGGUAGUCAACAACCGCCAAACAAUCCACCGCCCCAACCGCCGGUGCAGCCACCGCAGCCAGUCCAGCAACAGCCCCAGCCGCAACAGCAGCCACCGCCGCCGCCGCCACCACCGCCGACACCGCUGGUCGAGACCAAGAUCGAAGACGGAAAGCUCCUGUACGAGCGCCGUUGGUUCCAUCGGGGCCAACCGGUCUACGUCGAAGGGAAGGAUAUUCCGCGCUUCUCGGCCAACAUUUCCGCCAUCGGUAGCGAAGCGAUCUGGGUCAAAAAAACCUCCGACGGCCAGAAGGUGCGCAUUUUCACCAACCAGCUCAGCCGCGGCAAGGUUUCGAUCAAGCGACGUGCCAACUGAAUCCUGAGUCCUCCCACCCGGCUGUGAGUAAGUAGCGCGCUGCAAAUGGAUCUCAUUUACCUACUACGGUCUGAAUCGCUUUUUUUUUCUAAUUUGUUCAAUCUUUUAAUCGUAUUUUUCUGCCGGUCUUGUCCUCUGCUGUGUGGAGGGGAAAGGGGAUGCAGAUCGGAAUAGCUUUCACUAAACAAUGACAGAUGCAUAAUAGGUAACUAAGCAAUUAUUGCACUCUUUUUCUAUCGAUCUAAGUUAAGGGCACAAUGCAUACUUUCAACGGAUUAAAAAUUGCUACUUCAACACAAUAAUCGGGGUUGAAAACAAGGGGGGAACUCAAGAGAAGGAGGAGGAGGAGGAGAAGAAAGA